GCGGGUCUUACCCCGUGUUGAGAUUGCGCUGGAACCCCCAUUCCCUAUACUACUCGUGUCGAAGGGAAACUCGUGUACGCGCACAAAGCCGUCCUGAUGGCUCGCUGUGACGUCAUGGCAGCCAUGUUGGGUGGGGCUUUCAUGGAAGGCAGAAACUCGUCAGAGACUGAAAUCAAAGAAGCCAGUCUGGAAAGCUUCUUGGCUAUUCUCGAGUACCUGUACACGGACCACGCUCCGAUAGAAGAAGGAGAUGCUAUAGACAUCAUGGUAUUAGCAGACAGGUUCUGUCUUCCUCGCCUGGUUACGUUAUGCGAGCUAUACAUCACUAAGAAGGUUGAUAAAAUGAUCGAGAAAAAAGUUAGUGACGGGGCUGAGUAUGUGGUGAAUCUGCUCUUGUUGUCUCAGGCUCACAAUGCCCAUCAGCUCAGCAACUGGUGUCUACACUUCAUAGCAACAAAUUACCUGAUCUUCGAGUCGAAUCCUUCCUUCACCCUUGUCCAAGGAACCAAUAUAGAGUACGUCGAAAAACACAGAUGGCCUCCCUUGAGCUAUCUCAAUGAAGUACAAGAAUUCGAAAAGAAAGUAGGCCACACCAGUAAAAAAGGCAAAUGCAGCAUCAUGUAGUAGGUCUGGCUGCAUGGCUGUGAAGACUCGGACCGGCAUGAUGCAUAGAGCACCAUUUUCUGCGAUAAAUAAGUACUUCAAACAUAGUUAGAAUAAUUCUGGCCUGUGGUACACGAAAAAAGUUGCAUCCGGCCCGGUUGAGCACAUUACACCAUCGGCAGCAAUACUGUUCACAGCAUAUGAAACUUUACAGUUGUUGCACAAAACAGUUGCAAGAAUGGGCACUCAUGGUGCAAUUACGUGCAAUUGGCGUUCAACAUUGCGCGUUUCACAGUGUGACAGGGCCAGGAAAGGGUGACAUGUUAGGUCGCAUGAAGCAACAAACAAACAAAAACAAAGCAAAAAACAAGCAAAGAAACAAAAGAUGAUGAAAAUUCAAUGUUUUCUAACUGAACAAAACUUUUUUAGUGAAAACUAAGCAUCAAAUUUCCAUCAUUGCGUUUGUUUGCUUGUUUACUUGUUGUUUUUACAAUUAUAUAUAUAUAUAUA